AAAAAAAAAAAUAUUGUGUUAAAAAACUUAUUUAUUAAAUUAAUAAAAAAAUAUAUAUAACUAAAGAACAACAAAAAAAAAAACCUCCUAUUUGUAGUGUUUGAUUUUGGUUUUUGUACGAUUGUUAUUGUUUAUUUCUGUUCUUGUUCUUCUUCUUGUUGUUGUUGUUAUUGUUGUUGCUAUAUAUAAUUGUAGUAGUUUGUAAAUUAAUAAUACUAAUAAAGUAUUUGUUUGUGUAUUUGUGUGCCUAUAUGCCCAUUGAGUGCCUUAUAUCCUUUGAUAACAAUACUCAAGGUGUUUAUUAUGCUGGUCAAGAAUUAUCUGGCGUUGUUGAUCUUACAGUUGAUACAACAAAACGUAUUAAAGCCAUACACAUUACCGUUAAUGGUUAUGCCAAGAUACGCUGGAUAAAAAAGGGCUAUCCACGUGAUAAUGAACGUGCCAUGUGUCGAGCCUAUCGUUCGUAUUUAUCGUCACGUUCAUAUGUUUUGGGCUCAUGCGGUGCAACAACUUAUAUGGAUUGGUUAGCUGGUGAAUACUCAUAUACAUUUCAUGUUAUACUGCCGGACAAUUUGCCAACAUCAUUUGAUGGGAAAUAUGGUCAAAUACAUUAUGAAAUAAUAACAACAAUAGAUAGACCAGGACGUUAUCCUAAAGUUUUUAAAUUGCCAUUUACCGUAAUACAGCCGUUAGAUUUAAAUGCCGAUGCCAUUUAUAGGGUACCUUUAGACAUUCUCGAUCGCAAACGAUUUUGGAGUUUUUGCUGUCCAACCGGUCCACUAACCGUUAAAUUCUCCACUCCCUAUUGCGGCUAUGCACCGGGUCAAAAAAUCCAUUUCGUUUUAUACAUCAACAAUGAAUCCUCCAUAGAUAUAACCGAAUGUGAUGUUAAACUAAAGCAAGAGGUCUCCUAUGAGACCCAUGAUCCCCAGCAUGAAUAUCGUUAUGAUAAACAUUUGAUUGCCUGCAAACAAUUUGGCAACGUUUUGCGCUGGAGUCGCAAAGUUUAUCGAGGGUAUUUAGAACUGCCAUCUAUACCGCCGACAUCGGUGAAAACAACGUGUCCUAUAACCGUUAAUUAUGCCAUUAAAAUUAUUAUAAAACCAACAGAGUUCCAUUGGAAAAUGAAAUUGAAAAUACCACUGACCAUCGGUAGUAUACCAAUUAUGGAUAAUGGUGGUGGCGAGGGAGGUAUUAGUGCCGUUGGUGGUGUUGGUGGAAAUGCUUUAGUUCAGUCGAAUAACAAUAGUAUAAUACGUGGUCCAUUGGAUAAUGAAUCGCCACCCAUGACAACAUUAGAUGAUGUUGGCAUUUUGGCUGAAGAAGAAGAUCCAAAUCAAAAUACACCCACUAUAAUGGUGACUGAUACAACAGACAAUCCUCCAGAUUAUAUAGCUAUGAGUGAUGCCCCUUCCUAUGAGGAUGCAAUGGCUUUAAGUGAAAAAUUCUACGAUGACACCGAAUACAUGGAAAACGUGAGCAUGUCUAGCGUAGCAACCAAUACUAAAACGGAAAAUUUUAAACCACGCUAUCCCGUCUACUAUGAUUACGAAACGCCCAUUAUACCACCCGAGACCCUUUAUGAUGCCAUACCAACACGUUACCAUCAGCAACAUCAUCAUCAUUCUAUGGUAUUGCCAACGACGGAUAUGUCAUCAUCUUCGUUAGAAUUACAUCAUGUUAAAUCAUAUAAAAAAUUUCAAUUACUGCGUUACAUAAAGAAAUAGUUAAACGAUUUUUCUUACAUAAAU